UUGUGAAGAUGGCGACGACCGGAGUUGGUUUUCGUUGGCUAGAUAUAUUAGAAAAGGAGUUUGAUAAAGCAUGUGUCGAACUAGAUACUUCUAUAUCGGACUUAGAAACGGAAGAUCCUGAUGUGGUAUUCUCCGCGCGUCAGAAGAUUGCAACCCUCAGCUCGUGCUUUGCUCAACUUACUCACAAAGCCCUCACUAUAUUUCAGAACAGUGCCAAGCUAGAGGCAGAGCUCGUGGAUAUGAGAGCUGAGUUAGUUCAAGCGCGGGCGGCUGUCGGUCGCAAGGAGAGUGUGGAAGGUAUGGGCAUGAUGGGGGAGGCGCGGCGGGCGCGAGCGGAGGCGGCGCAGCUGGCUAGGGAGAACGCAACGCUCCGGGACACCGUGCUCGCCUUGCACUCGGAACUCUUCGGAGCCAGAUUGGCUACAAAAUACUUGGACAAGGAGUUAGCGGGCAGAAUACAGCAGUUGCAGCUGCUCGGCAGGGACAUGCGCUCUGAAGUUAGAGACUCACUUUGGGCACAGGUGGAGGCGGAGAUCCUGCUGCAGCGGCACAAGACGCUGGUGCGCGUGUGCCGCGGCCUGUCCCCGCGCCCCGCGCGCCCGCGCGCGCCCGCCGCCCGCCCGCGCACCGUGCGCGUGCGCCGCUCGCCGCAUCUCGGACUCGGCAUAUCUGUCACUGGCGGUCGCGAGCACGGCGUGCCAAUCCUGAUCUCUGAGCUGGAGGCGGGCGGGCCGGCCGCGCUCACCGGCGAGCUGUACGUCGGCGACGCCAUACUCGCCAUCAACGACCUCGACCUCACACAGGCGUGUCAUAAGGAGGCGGUGCAGGCGCUGCAGAGUGUGAAGGGCGACUGCGCACUCUGCGUACAGUUCAUAGCCACUGACGACGAUGACCGCCUCUCUGAGGACAACUACAGGUUUCCACUGUACCCCGAGGACGGGGAGGUGUUCUGCGAGGAAGGGGAUGGUUCUGGCGCCACGCCCACCGCCCCACGCACACCCGACUAUAACAAUAGGCCGGAGUCAGUGGCGGGGUCCGGCAGCGAGUGCGGGUCUGAGCGGUGCGGGGCGGGGCGCGGCGCGGGGCGGGGGGCGCGCCACGCAGACUACAGCGCACUCAACAACAACCUCGCCAUACUCGACAUGGACGACGACAACAUCAAGAUCGAAGCCAGGCUCGAGAUGGUCAGACUAGAGAGUGAGAACGUAGGUGAGCGACGUCGCGGCCCAUACCAGGCGGUGUCGGGGGCGUCCCCCGGCGUGUCCCCGCCCCCCUCCCCGCCCCGCGCGCGUCCCUCCCGCACCGCCUCCUCCGCCUCCCCCGCCACGCCCCUUUCCACGCCUGUGCACACAAGACGGCCCUCGCUCAAAAAGAAACGCAAGCCACAGGACUAUAUCCAGGACUGGCGGACGAAGGGGACAUACCGGGCGGUGUCUGGGGACGCGCAUUCCUCGGACGAGCCACACGCGACUGUGGAGACUGACCCGCCCGCGCCUCGGCCCCCCGCGCGCCCUCCUCCGCCCGCUACCGCCACCGCCCCCGCCCCCGCUCCUGCCCUCACCCCGCACGCACCGACAUUAGCGCCACUCGACACCGCGUCGUUAAUUGUAAUGACUGACACAGAAGCUAUUCCACGAAGCUCGUAUCCGUCUUUAAUAUCGGAAUCUGCCCUGAUGCCAUCGCCGCCGUCGCCACAAUCGCCCCCCACGCCCCCAACGCCGCCCACGCCCCCCACACCGCCCUCCCCGUUGUCGCCAGCCUCGCCUGUGAUGCCCCCGCCCCCCGCCCCCAAUGACGUCAGACCUGCCAAUACUAACGGCGAAGCUAAACUCAGGCGGGAACCGAAAGGAUUUCGGAUAGGUUCAGCGCGGCGUGUGACGGAGCACGGCCCGCUGGUGAACGGCGGCGUGGAGCGCGGCAAGGCGGCGCGCCUGCUGCCCGGCCGCGGGGACCCCGACUUCGGCACGCCCGUCUGAACACCACACGACAUCACACGACACCACACGACACUACACGACACCACACGACACGGGUGAAUGUUCAACCUCACCACAUACGUCACGAUAACGUGCUUGAUGUAUGACCGUGCAAUUAAGAGCCGAGCCUAUAACAAAUGAACUAGAUACAAAUUAUGACACUAGCGCCGCAGUUUGCUAUAGAAGUUACUUCUCUCAAAGCUUCUGAAUGCUACAAAAUUAUUUAUUUUUAAAUAAGCUAAUAUAUAUUUUACCAUAAAAUAUAUUUUGCGGUAACACACUUGGAUGGAUAAUUACCGUUGUAGGACGAAAGUUAUAUUUUUUUGUUCAAACUAUUUGACGUUGAAAAAACUAAUAAUUUUAUCCUCAAACUAUUUGUCGCUUUUGUGAUUUUAGCUUUAUUUAGUUAGAUCUAAAAUUAUUGAAAUAAUUUUGUUUGUCAUGUUACCAUAUAUUAAAACGAUAAUAUAAGUCAAAUGAGUGACUGCCUACAAUAAGACAUUAUGCGGCUGCCUUUAGAUUAUUAUAAUUAUUUAGUAAUUAAAUAUUCAUCAUGAUCUGCAGUCUGAUAAUUGUCGAGGUCAAUUUGAUGAGUGUACUUAGUGUAACAAAUUUUUAGUCGUAAGUUUUACAUCUCUAUGAAGUAUUUAUAGCUUUAAAUAUGUAAUCUAUGUAUGGACUCUACAUUCCUCCUGUUGUCUAUGGUUUUUAGUUUAUUUUUCUAUCUAUAAUAAUAGUAUGUUGGAUUUCGUUUGGUUUUAACUAAUAUGAGCUAUAAAUUCGAUAAAAGAAAUUGUUUCCAUUACGUUAUUACGAUUGUAAGAUCUUCCAAAUACUUCGUGGUAAUGCCAUCGUUUUAAUUUAUGACGGCCUCGAAUGCUAAGAUUGAUAUUUGUAUGGACAUUCCUAUUUGGUCCAUUGCGUAUCGCGUUUUGUUUGUCCUAUAUAAAUAUGAAAAGUGAAAAAAAUCUUACUAAAAGGAAAAUAAACAUAAAAAAAUAUAUAGGAAUAAAAAACACCUUGUAUAGUUUAAUUCGCGUUGUUAUUUUAAUUAUUAUUAAAAUAAAUUGUAUAAUAUAAUAAAACAUGAACCGGUGUAAAUGAAAAUUAUUUCAGUCUGCGCUCUGCCUUGUCAAAAAGAAGCUUAAAUAUUUACUACAAUAUGUGUUAAUGUUACUGCAAUCGAAACCAGUUCUCCUAUAGACAACAAUUUAUUAUCGCUUCAAUUCACUCUGCCGAGCUCUCCCUACUUCCUUCUUCCUAUUUAAUCGUCAAUUUAUAUAAUUGGACAAUGAUAUAGGAACACGGGAAUGGAUCGCCACAUGUAAUAACGCAAAAAACUUGUAAUGAAUAUCUAAACGUAGAAUUAAUUUCUCAGUUUAAAUUAUAAACUAGAAUAACGAUGGACAUAGAUCUCACUCGAGUAUGCAAUGUAACGACUCUCGUCAAAGUUAAAUAUGUACAUAAAUUUCGAACAGGGUCGGCAUAAAACAAUGCUGUCGUGUCGCAAAUUGCUCGAAGCGACUUCGCCCCCGCGAACUCAGUUUAUUACAUUAAACGAUGACAAUCUAUUAAUAAAAAUUCUAUUUAAACUAAAUCACUAAUAGAUCGCGCAUCGCAUGUCCACGCACUAUUACAAUAAUAUACAGGUCUAAUUGUUGGGAUAGGUGUACUAAAAGAAGACCUAACUAUUACGAACGAACUUUACUUAACAUGAGAACAAAAGCAUUAUAUGAAUUUGAGAGUAAAAUUUGUCUACAAGCCUUUGUUUACCAAGUUUAGAUCUAUUAAGACCUAAAAUGUGAUCAAGUGUGGAGGUAGAGUAUGAAAGAUUGUUACAGCUAGUCAACGUCAUCGCAGAGGUGUUAAACAUAUGUAAUAUAAUGACAAAUAUUGAGGCAGUCAGCAGCGAGAUGGCGGAUUAUCACUAACAGCUGUCUGGAUAACUGCCAAUUGUAUUUUCGACGUAGUAUCAUUCCCAACAUGUUUACCGACUUAUUGGCAUUCACCUUACGUUUACAUUGUCAAUUUGGCUAAAAAAUA